GCUAUUAAGAGCUCAGAGCAAUGCAGUCGAUGGCACAGGCAGUCACACGGUGUGCCCAUAAGUGGUAUAAGGGAUGCCACGAUGGAAGUGGAUAUUUGGAACGGUGUUGGUGAUCUCUUGUCUUGGCUUCUGUGUAUUAUUCUCUAAACUCCAAGAUUUCUGUACAGUUUGCCAUCAUAGAAAUUAUUCACAUCCCUUUAGCUUUAAUAACAUAAGUGAGACGUUUCUUCUGAAGCCCAAGGUACAGUGCAAGAGGAAUCCUCCAUUCCUGGUGCUGUUGGUAACCACAACCCACAGUCAAAAGGAUGCUCGGAACACUAUCCGACAAACUUGGGGCAAGAAAGGACAUAUCUGGGGUAGACUUGUUUCCACCUAUUUUCUUCUAGGUGCUAGCUCAAACCCAAGCAUGCAGGAGGAACUUAUUGAAGAAAGCAACACUUACAAUGACAUUAUUCAGGGAGACUUCAGAGACACAUAUUACAAUCUGACCCUGAAAACCAUAAUGGGGAUUGAAUGGAUUUGCACUCAUUGCCCACAAACAAAAUUUGUGAUGAAAACGGACUCCGAUAUGUUUGUUAACACAGUUUAUCUUGUUGAGCUGCUUGUAAAGAAAAACCAAACAACCAAUUUCUUUACUGGUUCUGUCCGAAUGAACGAUGAACCUGUACGGGAUAUUCACAGCAAGUGGUAUGUAAGCAAAAUAGAAUUCCCAGGGUCCAGAUACCCUCCAUUUUGUUCAGGAACAGGAUACGUCUUUUCUGUAGACGUUGCACAAAAGAUCCAGAAUGUGUUCAGAACAGUUCCGUUUUUUAAACUGGAGGACGUCUUUGUGGGCAUGUGCCUGGAGAAACUAGAAAUCUACUUGCAGGACCUUCAUACUGAGAUAACGUUUUUCCCAUUCAAAAAGCCAUUUACUAUUUGUGCUUAUCGGAAACUGGUCACUUCUCAUGGUUUCCGACCAUAUAAAAUUUUUCUUUUCUGGGAAGCCCUGCAAAGGUCAGAGGAUGAACAGUGCUAACAGACAGAAAUGUCAGCAUCUGUUGGAUUGGCUUGCAUCUAUCAUUGCUCUGUUUGAUCACAUUAAUUUAAUGGACAGAGAAAGAACCAACCAACCAAACAACCAACCAACUAGCCAGGAACUCUCUAGUACUAAUAUUAAGAUCCUGCUGGCCAAUGACUGACACGUGGCUUGGGUCCCAGCACCUGAGUCCCUUAGGGAAAAAGGUUGCUAAAAGGACAAUUUUGAAUGUAUGCAUAAUAUAUAUAUAUAUAUAUAAAACAGGUGUCUAAUCUGCAGGGCUUAAAGAUUCUGUCAUGAUUAUAUGGUGUAGUUUUUAUUUCUAAAUAAUUCACUCUACCAUAUAUAAAAUGU